AUGGCACACGAGGAGGAGGUAAAAUGAUGGUUCUCCAUGCUGCAGUGCUGCAGCCCACAAAAAAGAGCUCUUAUUCACCCAAUGAUGAAAUCUUCUUAUGUUGCCAGUGGCAACUUAUCACCUGGAAUGAAUGGCGAUUCUCAGAGAGUGAGAUGUCCCAUAAUGUGCCUGGUCUUCGCUGGGGGCCCCAUGGCUGCUUUCGAAAUUUUUAAAAACUAGACAUGUGAAUUUCAAUCAUGUAAUCAGUGCCAUAUUAUUUGGUUUGCCUGCUGUAAUUCUAAUCACAGUUACUUGGAAGUGAGGCCCACAGAACUAUGUGCAUCCUAUUUUGGUCCACACAUGCAUAGAAUUAAGGUGAGUAAAAUAAGGAAAUAUUUUCUAGCAUCAGUGUUAUGAGAAAAAUAUGAAAACCCAUUGAAAUAUAAAAUGUGAAUGAGUCCUAAAUAGACAGAAAUAGAUAUAGUCAGUAGAACAAGGAUAGCGCCCCCACCCAACCCCUGAUGCUGUUGUACUUUAAUUCAUAUCAGUCCCAGCUAAUGGUCAGGAAUGAUGGGAGUUGUAGUCCAGCAACAUCUGGAGGGCCACGAGUUCUCCACCCCUGAAUUAGAAUUUGCUACAUAAGAAUAUAAGAAGAGCCCUGCUGGAUUAUACCAAAGGUCAGUCUAGUCUAGCAUCCUGUUUUCCACUGUUGGGCAAUCAGGUGUCUCCAAUUAUUUGCUUAAUUCCGUUUCAAACCAUCCAUCACAUGAAGGUGGACAGUUGAUAAACCUAUCAAGUCACUUCCUUCUUUGUGCUGUAUAAGAGCCAAUUCCACAGUAUUAACCAUUGUUUUCCAUCAGGAGAAGACAUACACUUUCAGAUCCUUUUGGAUGUUGUUACAAAAUGUGAGCAUGUCAAGCAUUUUUAUGCCUUUCUGUUUUCAGAUUUCUACCUGUGCGUAUCUGUAGUCAGAGAACAGUGCCUCAUGAUUAAAGACCACUUGUCUUGUUAAGAUCUGUACUUUCUCCUCUUGUUUUUCUCCCUUGACUGAUUCCUGAGCUUUCCCAGCAUUAAAAGUCCUAGCUGCAAGCACAGUCAGCAUUAAUAGCAGGUAAUAAUUAAUUAGUGAGGGAGGCCUCCUUCUGCAGUUUAUAGUUAUUUUCUAUAAACUCCUGGGAUCUCAAAUAACUGGAGAGGCAAAACAUGUUUGAUUUAUUAUUUGAUUUUUUUUCUUGAUUUGCACACCAUCUUUCAAAAGACCUGUGUCCAACGUUGUUUGUUGUACUAGCAAGAAAAGCAGUCAGAAAAGGAACAACAUUGGUCAUAUACACACACACCAGUCAUUUAAAGCACAUGGUUUCCCACAAAGUAGUUUGCCCCCUGGGAAUUGUAGUUUGUUCAGGGUGCUGGGAAUUCUAGCUCCAUGAGGGGGCAAACCACAGUUCCCAUGAUUCUUUGCUAUAACUGUAUGGCGUGGAUGUGCCCAUCAAGUCCACCUGCAUAAAAAGUUUUAAAAGAGAAUCUAAGAGCUGGCAUAGUGGUGAUAAGGCUUAAGCAUAAGAUGGUUUUCACAGCAUGUGUAAAAGGCGGCUUGACAGAUUUCCCUAGGAGGGAGUUUACAACCAUGGUGCCAGCACUGAAAAGGCCCUGUCCUUGUUACCAGCCAAUCAGAUCGUAACAGGUCAUAGGGCAGAGAAUAGGGCCUCUGACGUUGACUUUAGGGCCACAGUACUAUCAUUAGGACACAAGUGGUCCUUGGGCAUAUGAGAAGGAACAGCAGACUGUGGCAACAGGGAUACUUUGCAUCCAUAACAGCUAGGUUUUCUGAGUGCCAAAGCCCCCGCUGGAGCCUUGGCUGCUACCUAGUGAAACAGCUGACUGUACAACACUCCAUAAUGGAACAGGGCAGAGGCUGCCAAUCAUUUGUCAAUGCUAUCCUAGCUGCUACAAAAUUAAAGAUAAUGACAUUUUUUAAAGAACAUGACUCUGCUUUCCAACAAGUAAAUUAAGCAACACCGAGAUAGGUUAGCUAAGAGUGAGUGACCCAAGGCCCCGUAGUGAAUUUUCUGGCUGAGCCCAGGGUUCCCUAGACACAGCCCAAAACUAUUUAUUUAUUGUGAAUUGUUUUAGUGGGUGUAUUUAAUGUAAGCUGCUUCUGAGAGCCAUUAUAGCUGAAAGACAAUUUUAUUAAUAUAGUGACUCAAUAAAUAAGGCUACAGAACUGCUCCCACUUUCCUGGGAGUUAGUCCCAUCAAACCCAUCAAACUUUGCAAAAUACCUGAAGGAUUUGGGGGGGCACAUGCCCAUGACAUAAAUUUGAAUAAAAGUUGUGUGUAUUAAUUUCCACGCCUGGAUGUGGGAAAUUAAGACUGGGUGUGGCUGUGCUCUUGCCAUCACUGUUUAUUAGAGUGAGCCUAACUUCCCUAUAAAGCAAAGUAAACUCUGGGGGGGGGGGGUGUAAAGAAGAAAGGAGGGAAACAGGGGUGCCAACUUAAAUAAAAUAUUGUGGGUACCCAGGUAAGCCUUGCCCCACAUAACUGAUCACAUGACACAGUGCAUGCAUACUAUUUGAAUGGGAAUGCCCAUCAACUUUGUGUCCAUCAAAUAUAUUAUUGUGGGGGACGAAGCCUCUAUGGCCCCUGGGCGUUGGUUCCUAAGGAGAGAAAGCUGCAGUAGAUCUGAGAUCCAUAGGAGAAGACCCAGGGCUCAGGUGCUCUGGACUACCCCUAAAAGUACCCAUGUUUCUAAGUGGACAUUUAUAGGAUUGUGCUGUACAUCUUCCCAGGAAUGUUGCUGUUAAAGAUACAGGAGUGCCUUUUGAGGUCAUGCACCAGUAUUCCCAUAUAGUUGAGAGCUGUGAUGUCAUAAAGGUUGUCUGGUUCCGUGUGGAUAUUGUGGAAAUCAGGCAGGGCUUCUGCAAGGCUGGACACUGGUUGUGGGUUUUUCCACUGGCAUCUGCAUCACGGUAUGUUGAGCAUAGUACUAAAAACAUGGGUUUACUUAUGUGCCUUUUAACCAGGGCUGACUCUGCUAUAUCUGAUAAUGUAGGUGUCGGCUCAGUGCCCAGCACUUAUUACAAAAUCAAUAUCAUAUUAAAGGUGGUUUUAAAGCUGCUAUUGGUAGCCCCAAGAGCUGUGCGUGGAAUCUAUGAUUGUGACAGUACAAGUGCAAAAUUAGUGUGCAUCUUAGUGUGUUCAUAUAUGUGUAUUGUGAUAAGCUGGGCUUUUUUAAAAAAAGGGGGGAGGGGAAGCAAUAGAUUGCAAAACACCUCCAAAGUAUGUAACUGGACAGGUUCCAAGACAUGCCCAAAUGUUCCAAGGCCAAAUACUGCUUCAAAUCAAGCCUGUCUCAGGAGGAACAAAUUGCAUUCUGCACCACUGAGCGAUUAAUGGGGUGUGAAGUGCCUGCCUCUGCUAUGACAAAUGAUGUAUAUCUGCAGCAUGAUCUGCUCAGUAAAAUAAGGGCAAUGGAAAGACAAUGGAAAGGAAAUUGUUGAUUGCCUGUGAGCUGCUCUGGAUUAAAGGAACAUUGCCCUGUCAAACCAUCGUUUUAAAAAUGGAUAUGGUUCUGAUUUCUGGGUGAGCAGGUUUUUCCUAAUACCGCACAGCAACAGGCCUAUAAAUGUGCAGAAAUACUUUAAAAGGAAAUUAUUUGCUGGUGUUUAAAGCUUGCCAGAUUGGGAGGAGAAAAUAUUUAUUUUUUAAAAUAGUGGUUAGUAUUCCCACCUGUCACAUGGGAGGCUCAGGUUCUUUUAUGGACUGGAUAGCUCAGUUGAUUAGAGCAUGGUGCUGAUAAUACCAAGGUUGCAGGUUCGAUCCCUGUAUGGGACAGCUUCAUAUUCCUGCAUAGAAUAUUAUUCUAUGAUUCAUAUCAUAAAGAUAUCAGAACGGUGUACAACAACACAACAUGAAACACCAUUAUAAACACUGCAAAUAACCACAAAAAGUGCUUGCAAAGGCCUGUCAGCAUGCAAAGAUGCCUGGAAGUCAGAAGAGAAUGUUCCUGGGGAAGCCCAGCCAGAUGUAUGGGGUAUAAAUAAAUAAAUAAAUAAAUAAAUAAAUAAAUAAUAAUAAUAAUUCUAUGCUGGAAGAGUGUUUUAAAGCAUGGGACACUAAAUGCCCGGGGACACUAAAUGCCAGAAUCCUAGCAGAGGCCAGUCGGGCCUUGGCAACAGGGGGUUGACAAAACUGAUAGAAGACUGGCCAGAGAGCUAGCCUGGGUGCUGUCUAUCUACUGCUGAAGCCUGAAACAAAGAGAAAUUAGACAUGCUGCCACCCGUACCCCCUCAACAUUCCAACUAGAUCCACAAUUAAAGUGGGGUGUGGGUGGGAAUACAUCUGAAAUGACUCCCCCCUGCUGCUUUAACCUAGGGUUGCCAGACGUUCCCGGGGACAGUCCCCGGAUUUGAAAAUCUGUCCCCUGAAAGCAUGGCAGUGGCAGCAUCCUGGAACCAGCCUGUUACUGCAGUUGGCUCUGGCUGGCUUCAGGAGCUGCUCACUGCUCGCUGCCAUGGCGCCCGCCAUUUUUCAGCGCCAUGGCAGCAAUCAGCUCCUGAAGCCAGCCAGAGCCAACUGCACUACCAGGCUGGCCCCUCCUGGGCAAUGGCCGCCCGCCUGUGACUUCCGAGCCUCCCCAUAUCUGUCAAAACAAAGGGGGAAGGGGGAAGGAGAUUGGGGAAGGCUCGGGAGUCACGGGCACACAGAGUGCUAUUGCCCAGUUUUUAAAAAAACUCACUUUUAUGUUUCACGGUGCGAAAGAAGGGCUUUACUCCUUUAUACAAUAUGCAUGUGUGCUUGGGCCCAGGGUCUUUUGCCUCACCAUCCCCACUACUGACUCCUUGUUGCUACCCAGCUUCAAAAAAAAAAGUGUCUCCGGAUUUAUUGGGGAAAAAAUCUGGUAACCAUACUUUAACCAUCAUGGGCAAGUGUGCUGGUGACCUAGAACUGGACGACAGAGUGCAAGGGUUGCCGGGCCAGGAGAGUCCUACACCCUGAUAUAUCAGGGGCCAAACCUGAGACUUAGGGACUGCCCUUGGUGAUGUCAUGGGGAUGCCCCCCUGCUGAUGUCAUGGGAGCAGGCCCUAGAGAUGGAGGUUAAUUGGGAGAGGGGAGGGCAGAGCCACCCCAGUAUCUGUGCUAGAAUUUGUAGCUGGUUCCUGCGGAGUUGAAGCUUACUGCAUGCACAGCCUUUUUAAUAAAUUUUAUUUUAUUUUAUUAAAGGCACUCUCACCCACCUGGAGAUUCAGGCCUGCCACUUGCCACUUGGAAGGGGCCAGGCAAGCCUGGAGAUUCCAGGUCAGACCUGGAGGUCUGGCAAUCCUAGUCAAGGCCCAUUGGCAUGCGGUCAGCGGACCAGGGGGACUAGGCAGAGGGCCUUCUCGGUAGUGGCACCCACCAUGUGGAAUGCCUUUACAUCAGAUGUCAAGGAGAUGAGUAAUUAUCAUCAUCAUUUUUAUUAUUAUUAUUUGUAUGCUGCCUUUCCAUAGUUGAAACUAUGCUCAAGGCGGCGUACAACAUGAGAAGAUUUACAUAAUUACAUACAUAACAGAAGUCAUAAACAAUAAAUAAAACACAUCAAAAAGUACACAACCAAAUGGAAACAAUUUCCACGUAAAUCAUAAGAUCUAAAACUAAAGAUACAACAAUAAUAUCAAUAACAGCAAUGACUCUCUCAACCCCCCAUAAAUAAUACGCCAGCCCAAGAAUCUGUUCAACAGCCUCAGCUUUUGUAGCUGGAGUCAGUCAGCACUCCACUCUCCCAGGCCAGAUGGGAAAAGGCCAGCAAGGCAGGGUGCAGGUCUUCCAGGGCUCACAGCCAAGAUGGUCUCAUUUAAAACAACACAGAUAAAAAUUGAAACAAUUUAAAAUAGGAGCCCUCUUUGCUAAGCAGCAGCCGCAGUCCUUGUGAAGCCUGUCAAGCCCCACGCUAAGCCAGGUGGAAAGAGGCAAGGGGCAGGCCCCUUCAGGCCCUCAGCAGGCAGACCUUUAGGAGACAUCUGAAACCAGCUCUGUAUAGGGAAGCUUUUUAAGGUUUGGUGUUUUACUAUGUUUUUAUAUGUGCUGGAAGCUGCCCAUUUUUUAACAAAACUUCCCUUUACAGGAUUGCCUUCAGACAGCUCGGGAGUCAAAUAAAUCCAUACCCUCCAAAAUUUCUACAGUGAAAAUAGGGACAUCCCAAGGAAAAGCGGGAUUUUCCAGGAUCCAAUCAGAAACUGGGAUGGCUUCUAUAAAUCAGGGACAGUUGGAGGGUCUGUCUUCCUAAUGUUUAGUAGGAGCCUCCUUUCUUGUAACUUGAAUCUAUUGAUUGGAGUCCUACCCUCUAGAAGAGCAGAAGAGAACCUGAUUAUGUCAACCAUGUGGCAGUUGCUGCAUCUUAUCAUUUGUCCUUUCCCUCAUCUCCUACCCCCCAUUUGCUUGUGUUUUUUAGAUUCUUCUGGCCUCAAAGACGGGGGUUUGCUCAGCCAAGACGGCUGUAUGUGUGUUUAUGUUUUGUGUGGACAGUCCAGAGAAAUCACUAGGCUUGACAGAAUCCCUGCAGCCUGCGAAAGCCAUGGAUUUGACACGGCACAAAAUAGUGCAUGCCCACAUGCUGUGCCUGGCAGUUUGUACCUCCUGCAUCCAGGGCAUCUCCUCCCCUGCAAGGAUUUCCCGUGCAUUUGUCACUCUCAAUGGGUUUAGAAGGCGCACCAUUUCAAGACAAAUCAGGAGGCCUCCUCUGUCUCUGCAGGCGAACACAAAGAAAAUGGGCCUUGAAAUUCACCGUAAGUUUUUUAAUUUCAUUUGAAGAACAGCCACAUAAUCAUUAGUGAGGAAAUUAUAUAGUUGUCUUAUUAUUUUUUCAUUGUUUAUUAAUUUAGAUGCUGCUUUCAUGCCCAAAUGACUUCCAAGUGGUUUACAGGUAUAAAACCACAGGAUCGUAGGCUUUAUACUGAUGGGAUGUGGGUGGCGCUAUAGUCUAAACCACUGAACCUCUUGGACUCGCCGAUCAGAAGAUCGGCGGUUCAAAUCUGCGUGAGGGGGUGAGCUCCCAUUGCUCUGUCCCAGCUCCUGCCAACCUAGCAGUUUGAAAGCAUGCCAGUGCAAGUAGAUAAAUAGGUACCUCUGUGGCGGGAAGGUAGAUGGCAUUUCCAUGCGCUCUGGCUUCCGUCAUGGUGUUCCGUUGCACCAGAAGUGGUUUAGUCAUGCUGGCCACGUGACCCGGAAAGCUGUCUGCGGACAAACGCUGGCUCCCUUGGCCUGAAAGCAAGAUGAGCACCGCAACUCCAUAGUCGCCUUUGACUGGACUUAACCAUCCAGGGGUCCUUUACCUUUACCUUUUAUACUGAGUCAGACCCAUUGGCCCAUCUAGCUCAGUAUUUUGUAUAGAAGCAGCCUAAAGUUUACCCGCGUCCUAUAUGUAAGUGAUCACAUGCAUCACACUGAACCCAGAAGUGACCCAGAGACAUCAUAAAGAUGUCAUGGAAACAUCACCGAAAGGGCGGAACGGGGGCAGACUGGGGUGCUUGCAGGCUUUUUCAAUGUGUUUCAAUUAUCUGCAAUUUCACUGACUGUAGCAGUGUUCUUCAACCUCAGGAGCAACUCCCACCUUCCCUGACCACUGGCUAAGACCACUGGAAGUUGUCUUCCGGGUUAGCGCCUCUGGCAAUGGCGGAAUUCCUCUGAUCGGGAGGAAUCCGCUCAGUGGAAAUCAGGGUCUGGCCGCCACGGCGAAGGCGGAGACCCACUAAAAACCACAGGCGGGAGAAGCUUGUGGACGUGGGAUUCGGCUGGCACCUUUUGCGUCUCCCCUACUAGCAGGGAAACCUGGUUUCGGGGAUCCGGAGCGACGUGGAGUGAGUGGCACGGUGCCUCGAAUCGACUGCUUCUUUCACGGAGUGAAGCCACAUUGCUGUUGCAGGAGAGCGCUGUCGAUCCAUCGGUUAAAUCAUCAAACCCCCCUUGGAAGCAGGAGAAGAGGGGGGAAAUUUAAGAUCGCGUAAGCCUGCAGGAGAGAGUGAAGAAAGUCAAAUUACCACCGCUCUGAACCUGGAAACGGGCUGCUAGUAAGAUUGAAAUUUUGGAUAUGCUCAUUGACUGUGAAUAGAUCGUCUGCUGACAGUAAGUUAAAGAAGAGAAAUACAUUGUUUCCAUUGUCUCCUUCUGUGUUUAAAAAGGAGUAAAAGUAACUGAAAAUUGAAACUAACUUUAUUGUUUGAACUGUGCUUAAAAGGAUUGAUACAAUUAGAAAUUGUUUCCCCCUAGAGGAAGCCUUUGAAAUUGUUACAAGAGCUGAGCUGGGGAAUUUCCACCUGCAAGAUAAAACUGUGAGGAUCUGGGAUUGACCUUGGACCGUUAAGAAUGUUGACAGAAGAAGCCUUAGUGGUUGCAUUAUGUAAGAUUAAUGAUUCAUUGGAACAGCUACAUAAGAAGACGGAUGCGAGGACUAUAAAAAUUGAUAACUUGGAACAAAAAGUGACUAAUUUGGCACAAAAAGUCAAUAUUAAUACAGAAAUUAUUCAGGAAUCGAUACAGGGAUCUAUUUUGACAUGGCAAAUUGAGGAGAAGGCGGGGGAGAAAGUUUUUGCUGUGGAACCUAAAGUGGCACAAGUGGAGAGGGAGAGAGCCCCAGCCUUACAGUUGCAAUUUGAUGAUUAUAAGUUGAUGCCUUUCAAGACUGAAUUUAGAGAAAGUCAGACUUUUAGGAUUGGAGCCCGGCUUGGACUGGAGAAAGAAAGUUGGAUAGAUCCCCUCAUGCAGGGGUUUAUUGACCUUUGGGACCUGGACUUGGGUCAGGAGGAGACUGGAGUUGUGGGGACCGCCAGACUUGGAGGAACUUUGAAACACGACUGGAAAUAUCUUUUGAAUCUCAGUUCUAACUAUGGAGAUUUGGCUGACUUGUCGAGAAGGAAUAAAAACAUUGCUAGUUGGGAAUUUCCCGGAGAUCUACUUUUCAGCAUCAAAGGAAGGAAAAUAAGAACAAGAUCAGGAGAAGACAAAGUAAAGUGCAUGUAUAAAUAUGAAGAAGACUUGCAGAAGGGACCUGGAAAAGAGUUAAGAGCCUCGGACAGAAGAUCACCAGGUUGAUGGGCUAUAUGGAAUUGACGGAAAUGACUGGCAGAACCCGAGACCAGGGGGAAGAGACGGUGGAAGAAUAUUGGAAAAAGUUUAAAAUCUAUAUAUGGAAAUAAUGUAAAAUUAAUGAGUGUUAGAAAAAUGUUGGAAGGGAAUUAUACGGCUUUUAGUAGAAAUAUUUUAAGGAAUUAAGUAUAAAUAAGUAUUAUAGUAUUAAUGGAAAAUAAGGUUAAAAUAUGUUAAGAUAAUUACAUGACAGAAAAUAGAGAAAGAUGGAAAGGAUUUGCUGAAACAAUUAAUAGAAACGGAAUACAAAAAGGGAGGUGAGAGGAGGUCGAUGAAACAAGGGAAUGAAAGAGAGGAUAUUGAGAUGGUAUGAUGUGUGUUUUUUGAAUUGUUUUUGCUUUUGUUUUGUAUAAUGUGUUAAUGUUAAUGUUGUGUUCUGUAUUGUUUAUAUAUUGUAUUGUAUUGUUUUCUCUUUUGCUUUUUUUCUUCUUUUCUUUUUUCUUUUCUUUUCUUCUUUUUGUAAGGUUUAAAAGCAACAAAUAUUAUUUUUUUUUUUUAAAAAAAGACCACUGGAAGUUGUAAUGCAAUAAUAUACAGGCACCUAAGUUUGAAGAACACUGGUCUAUACUGACUGGUAGUUGCUCUCCAGGGUUUUAGGCAAGGAACAUUCACAGCUCUACCUGGCGGUGUGAGGAUCAAACCUUCUUCAUGCCAACUUGAAACCUUCGUGCAAAGCAAAUACUUUGCCACUAAGCUAUGAUCCUUCUCCAGUUUUAUAAAUCAGUUGAAAAGGCAACGCAUCAUUAAAAUACAAAAUAAAGCACUGAAAACAAAAUGUGCCUCAAAGCAAGCCAAUUAAAAAGCAUAACUGUUAAGAGAGGAGGUAAAACAAUUAGACCAGGAAGUUUUGCAAGGUGACGGUGGGGAACCUUUGACUCUCCAGAUGCUGCUGGACUACACAGCUUGGAUCAGCCCCAGCCAGAGUGUGCAAUAGUCCAGGAUGAUGGGCAGUGUAGUCCAGCAACAUCUGGAAGGCUGCAGGUUCCCCACCCCCGUAACAAAAUCUGGCUCCAGUGUGCUAUCAUUAGGCACACAGCCAGCCCAGGGCAUUUUGCUGCCCUAAGCAAAACUGAAAAUGCCUCUGCCCAGCCACUCACCUGCUGCUAUACACCCACACAGAGCUGCUCACUUGCACACCACCUGAGGCAGCUCAAGGAGGCUGGUGGUGGUGGUGGCAAACAGACAGAGGGUAGGUCCACCACUGGCAGGUGGGAUCUACUGCCUGAGGCAGGUCAGCUCUGUCUUAGGGUUCCAUAUUGGUCAAGAACGUGCAAAGAAUAUGAGCUCAGAAUUAAAGCCUACACUUUAUAUAAAUACAUCUGAAGGCUCAGCAAAUGAGAUCAAAGAUCUCAGGCACUGCUUCUGUGAAAAAACCUUUGCCUCCUUGAGAUGCUGAUACUAAUAAGGGGUCAAAGUUCUUCCAGACUUUGACUUUCAUACUGAAAAAACACACCAUGAAAUUUCUUUUUAGUUUGUCAGUUGGAACCACUCAGUGAGUUUUGAGCCCUAAGCUGUUGCAAGCUUAGGUUGGCCAAAAAUAUUCCUGAGCGUAAUCGAUUUAAACUAUCUUUCAUGUUUUUACCUUUGUUUUCUUGUGUCUGUUUAUUUCUUCUGUCCACUGCCACAAUAUAUUUUAUGGUGGGCAGUUUAUACUUUUUAAAAAUAUAUAUACAAGAACUAAUAAAUAAAAGCCCCAGGACCAAGAGGAUGUCCAGGAUUCUGCAAUCACAAGUGAUGUAUUUGUGUCUUCCCUAAUCAGCAGCUAUCUUCAGCCAAUAACGCAAGAGCAGCCAACAUGGUGCAUUCCAAAUGCUGUCGGACUACAACUCCCCAAACCCCUAUCAAUUUGCCUCACUGACUGGGACUGAUGGGAACUGGGGUCCCAACAAAGAUGUGAAGGGCACCACGGCUACCUCUGAAUUAAUACAUCUCUCUGAGGAAAAUGUAUAAUUAGGAACAUACACAACCCAUCCCCUGGUGCUGCUAUGAUACUUCUGCUACUAAGCUCCUUUUGCCUGUUCUAGAGAAAAAAACCACCACAACAAUGGUUUGAAUCCAGAGAAGAGCUAGUGGAACUCUGCUUGUGCAAUAUGCACUUAUUUUGCUUUGCGCAAGGCCAAAAGCCACUCCUAUGGGUUGAGAAACCUCUGGAAAAGAAUGGAAUGGGGCAUGGAGAGUGGAGCAGGGCAAGGAAAUCUGAAGAAUUUGGAUUAAAGAAUUUGUUAAAAAUCAAACAAACUAUUGUUUUCAGUAAACAGUAUACCAUAACCAAAAAGUAACAAACAGACCACCAAGAAGAAGAAAAGAACAGAACAAAACAAAACAAUAACACCAUGUUAGAUCACUCAUAGAGCUUUUGUAUCAGAAUUCACAAGAAGAUUUUUUUUAAAAAAACCGAAUUUGAUAGAAUCACCUACAAAUUUUUAUUUUUAUUUUUUAUAUACUUUUCAGAUAUAUAUAUUUCACUGAUUUUACAAUCAUUUUGACAUUUUAAAACUUGAUUUCCUUCCCCCUCUUUCUGCAGUUCCUUAAAUUUAUUUUUAAUAUCUUCUGCAUAUCCAAAUUAAUUUUACUUAUCAUAUAUAUAUAUAUAUAUAUAUAUAUAUAUAUAUAUAUACAUACACUCUUAUGUAGCUGCAGGUUGUUACAAUAAUACUGCCUGUGUUUUUCUCUGUUUACAAUUUAUCUGCAAAUAUUUGAUAAACCAUUUCCAUUCUUUUAUAAAAAAUUUGUUAUCUUGAUUUCUUAUUCUUCCAGUAAGUUUCACCAUUUCUCCAUAUUCCGUAAGUUUUUGUAUCCAUAUUCUUUGCUGGGACUUCUUCUUUCCAUUUUUGGGCAAGUAACAUUCUUGCUGCUGCUGUAUACAUGAAUAAAUUUCUAUAAAAUUUAGAUAGAAAGGCUCUAGAAUCACCUAGAGAUGCAGAAUCAAAUUUCCUUCCCAGCUAGCUCUGGAGGGUGAGUUAUUCAGGUGAGUUCUUCCAGCCACCAGAAGUGGUCACACAGGGAGCCACUGAGACCUGUGUCUGCUCACAAUGUCAGUUUUAUUUUUUGUGCCUUUGCUGUCUCCCCCGCAGGUGUUCGCCGGUCCUGGCUGUCAGAUUACCUGGAUGAUGUCUGGACUCAUGUCUUCCACUCUUUUCCAAGAUCGGCUCUGUACGCCUUCCCGGCUGCUUUGGGGAUCCUGUUCCUUCUCUGCUGUGCCACGUAAGUGUCAUAGCAAGGGAUUUAUUCCACCUACCAAUGUCUGAACUAAGGUAGGGAUGAGGGCCUUGUAGGCCCUCCAACCAUCACUGGAUUACUACUCCCAUAAUCUCUGAUCAGAUGGAGCUGGUGGGAAUUGGGAGUCCAGUCCAGUCCAGUUCCCCGAGCGGUUUAGCAGCCAAUCCCUCUUCCCAGGAAAUUCUGCGAAUUGUAGCUCUAUGAAAGGAAUAGGGACCAAUUCACAGCAUCCUUAAUAAACUACAGCUCCCGUAAUUCUUUUUUUUCGGGGGUGGAAGGAAACUAUGAUUGUAUAAAGUGGUAUAAUAUUUAUUUAAAUGUAAGUGCAGAUGGGCCUGAGAUAUGAAACUUGUUUUCCUCUCAGUGACCUGCAGUAACUUUGUCCAAAGGUUGCCCUGGCUUGAACUUCCUCAAUUAGACUGUCUUCUUGCGCAAUUCUGUCAGAUGUCUGUAGUCAGAGGCAACCAGUCAACGCUGCCUUUCUGGUGACCGGCUUUAAAUAGCACUCACCUUCAGAGAGAGGGAGGCUCACAGAGGCAGAUGGUGGUGGGGAAUAUUGAAAUAUAACUGAAAAAGACCCUAAGGUGGUAGUGAGGCAAAAACACAGGAGACCCACUGCCAGUCAGUGCUCAGUAUAUGGUCUGGCUCCGUAUAAGGAAGCUCCCUGCGUUCUUAGGAAAUAUUUUCUCAGCCUUUAUGUACUCCUUGCACUCAUGCUCAGAGGGUCUCCUGCAGAUAUCAUCACAUCAAAUGAUCUGCCCAUGCAAUGUAGAAAUUAGGCUUUUACUGUAAUGUGGUGUCCCCUACUCUUUAGAACUUUUCCCUAGUCCAUUGGAGUUGGGCCCCAUUUCUAUUAUAUUUUUGGUACCUUGUGAAGACUUUUUCAAUGAGCCCUCUAAGUGCAGAUUGUUGUUCCUGUUGUCAUGAUCCUUACGUUUAUUACCCUGCCUUCACCAGCAGGUCCCAAUUUAAUAUUCAGAAAUGAAAAUCAGUUUCAACAAAUUAGUUUCAGGAAUAGGCAGUGCUUUUCUCUCCCUCAGGGGGUACUCAGGGGUAUGUUGGAGAAAAGUGUGGCAUAUACUGUAACAACUUCACGGUGAGUACCGGCACCUAUUUUUCUAGAGAAAAAGCACUGGGAAUAGGGUUGUAAUUGUAUUGGAUUUGAAACUUGAAAAAGACCCUAAGGUGGUAGUGAGGCAAAAAAACACACACAAUUUUUUAAAAAUUUUCUUUAUUUUUACUGUUAACCACUUCAGGGUAUUAAAUUGGAUACAUAGAGUACGUGAAACAUUAAAAAAAAAAGAAAUUCAAAACAGCAAAAGGCUUUUGUUUUCUCAGAGUACAAGCGAGGGGGUCUUAUUUUGCUUUUAGCUGAAUAACGCUGGGGGAUGCUGUGAACACAGUGAAUUUUGAUUUCAGUAAGGCUUCUGACAAAGUCCCCCAUGAUAUUGUAUUCUUGCGAGGAAGCUGGUAAAAUGCGGGUUAAACGAGGUAAUUAUAAGGUGGAUUUGUACCUGGUUGACCGACAGAGCCUAAAGAGUGUUUGCUAAUUGCUCCUCGUCAUCCUGGGGGAAAGUGACAAGUGGGGUGCCACAGGGUUCUGGCCCAUAGUUGUUCAACGUCUUUAUAAACGGCUUAAGUGAAGGAAUUGAGGGGGUACUGCUCAUUCAAUUUGCAGAUGACACAAAACCGGGAGGGGUAGGAAAUACUGCAGAAGAAAUAAUUAGGGUUCAAGAUGACCUUGACAGAUUGAAGAACCAGGCCCCAACUAACAAAAUGAAUUUCAGUAUGGAGAAAUGCAAGGUUCUGCAUUUAAGCAGGAAAAAACGAGCAGCACCAGUAUAAGAUGGGGGACAGCUGCAUUCUAAGUUCUGCCAGUUUUCAGUACUGUGUGCAGGGCCAGAUUUAGGUUUCAUGAGGCCCUAAGCUACUGAAGGUAAUGGGGCCCUUUAUAUGUCCAGCUGUCCUUUGUCAACAAAUUGUCACUGUUUUUUUGUGUUGAAUAAAGUGAUACCUUGGGUUACAGAUGCUUCAGGUUACAGACGCUUCAGGUUAAAGACUCCGCUAACUGAGAAAUAGUACCUUGGAUUAAGAACUUUGCUUCAGGAUGAGAACAGAAAUCGUGCGGCGGGGUGGCGGCGGGGGUGGGAGGCCCCAUUAGCUAAAGUGGUACCUCAGGUUGAGAACAGUUUCAGGUUAAGGACGGACCUCUAGAAUGAAUUAAGUUCUUAACCCAAUGUACCACUGUAUAUGCUAUAUGGUAAUUUAUGGACCUAAUAGGUAUCUAUAGCCAAUUGCACAUAACAAAAUAUGUAUUUUAUCAAAGUAUUUGUUGAACUUAUCUUAUAUUUUGGAAAUGUACAUCCAGGGUUUUUUUUUCCUUUCAUUUUUUUGGGGUGCCCCAAGAGAGUGGGGCCCUAAGCUAUAGCUUGUUUAACUUAUACAUAAAUCCGGCACUGACUGUGUGGUUUGGAAGGAGUUGGUAAAAUAAAGAACACUGCCUUCACUCUUCUGUGUAUUUCCACAAUUCUGGGGGUUCCUGCUUUUUCUUAGGCAAUCAGUUUCUAUUCUUUUUAUAGUCCAUUUACGCAUACACAAAUGCAUUUUUCAUCAGUGUGGCCUUUUGUGUGUGUUUUCCAGAGUCCUUAUGGAUUAA